AUGACUGAGGAUUGCGCGCGCUCGCUCCCGGCGCUCGCGUGCCUGCUCGUGGAGUUCCGUGACACCACCCACCUUGUCGCGUUCGUGGCCAACCAGUUCAGGACGACCUCCUUCACCACAGCACGCGACGUCGUCAUGUCCGCGCGGUGCCUUUGUAUGCUCGCGGUGACGGCGCUGAAUCUGUGUGUUGGAUGCGAACAGGCAGCGCCAGCCGCGACGGUGAAGGUGCUCUUCUUCGCCCGCGCGCGAGACCUGACGGGCGUGGCGGAUUCGGCGGUGGAGGUGCCGCCGGGGAGCACCGCGGGGGAGUGCCUCGCCCGGGUCCUGGCCCAGUUCCCCAAUCUGGAGGAGAUCCGGGGCUCCGUCGUGCUCGCGCUCAACGAGGAGUACGCGGCCGACUCCACCGCGGUCGCCGACGGCGACGAGCUCGCUGUCAUACCGCCCAUCAGUGGCGGCUGACGUUAACCACGACCGGCUAACCACAUAAAUCAUUGAAAAAAGAGAGAAUGCUGUUCCUCUACCUUACCCCAAAUGAUUGAAAAUUAUAUUCUCGAUAAAAUAAUCUCUUAUUCUUGACUACAAGUUUGUUUACAUUGAUCAGUAGUAUUUGUUGUCAAAGAAUGGAUGAAACUAAAGCUACUAUCUUGUAUGCUGAUACAUGUGUUACUCGCUCAUCCCUCAUCGCUGACAAACACCAAUGUAGCAUGUAAAUACUGAAAUUCCUUUAUUUUACUUAAUUUAUUAUAUAAAAUAUAAAAAUAGACAGAGCAGACGAGAGAAUCUUUACAUAUAGAGGAGGAUGGAGAAGUGUUCUCUGUGUUUAGACGAGGCUCCGUUCAAUGUUAUAUGUUGGAUUAAUGUGGGCUUGGCCCAAAUUAAUAUUCAAUAAUAGUCAAUGCUAAU